CAGGGGUAAGCAACCUUGCAGCCAGUCGGAUUUCGCAAAUUUUGAAUCCGCUUGCCUUGGUUUUCUAUUCAGGCUAUCGGUCGGAUCUCCACUCGCCCAUCCGGCCGUCACGCCAUGUUGGAGAUCGCUCGGGGCUGCAGUUUUCCGGAUCCACUACUCCGGACGGAAGAGAAAGAGCUACUCUCCCGGACAGUGGUGAUAGUCAGUCGGCACUGUGCUGGAGGUCGUGAAGGGAGCAAGCAUGGAGGAGCUGACAUCAAGGAGAAUGUUGACGGGAGCGUAUAUAAAAGAUCCUCGAUGCAACCGGGCUUCUAGUCCACCAUCAAAGCAUUCGGUGAAUAAUCACAAAGAGAUCCCGCGAAAAUGACAGGCCCUCCCUUGCAACCCGAAGACCACGAGCGCGACGCCAGAUUCACGGGCAUUCUUCAUGGGAAGUCAUCAGAGGCACACGGUGGCUUUCGCGCGAUGCGCAGCAAAGACGCCAAGGCACAUGAGGUUGUUGCGGAUGAGUACUUCAAGCAUUGGGGCACGAAAGAGGCCGGCGUGGAAACCGCGGACGACCGGGCAGCUCGACGGUCGCAAUAUGCAAACUUGACUCAACAGUACUACAACCUCUCGACUGACCUGUACGAGAACGGUUGGUGUCAGUCCUUCCAUUUCUGCCGGUUCGCGCCCGGCGAGCGCUUCCACCAGGCCAUCGCCCGGCACGAGCACUACCUAGCCAUGCGCACGGGGAUCAAAGAAGGCAUGAAAGUGCUGGACGUGGGCUGCGGUGUCGGAGGGCCUGCGCGGGAAAUCGCCAAGUUCAGCAACGCGCACAUCACCGGUCUUAACAACAAUGACUACCAGAUCCAGCGCGCGACGCGCUACGCACAGCAAGAAGGACUGUCUGACCGGCUCGACUUUGUCAAGGGCGACUUCAUGCAGAUGGGCUUUCCAGACAAUCAUUUCGAUGCCAUCUACGCAAUCGAAGCAACCGUUCAUGCCCCCGAUCUGGAGGGGGUGUAUCGCGAGAUCUUCCGGGUGUUGAAGCCCGGCGGCGUGUUCGGCGUGUACGAAUGGUUGAUGCUAGACAGCUACGAUGACUCGGACACGGAACAGCGCCAGAUCCGCCAGGGUAUCGAGCAGGGCAAUGGGAUCUCCAACAUGGUCAAAGUCGCGGACGGGCUAGCGGCCAUCCGAAACGCGGGCUUUGAGCUAGUCUUCCACGACGACCUGGCAGCCAAGGGGGACACGGUUCCAUGGUAUUACCCCAUCGCCGGCGACUUCAAGCACAUGGGAUCCAUCUGGGACUUUCUCACCAUCGCCCGCAUGACCUGGUGGGGGCGCGGACUGGCCCAUUCCUUCAUCGGCGCGAUGGAGAAUCUGCGGCUGUUCCCACGGGGGUCGCGAAAGGCCGCCGAGAAUCUGGGUCUGGCGAGUGAUUGUUUGGUGGCAGGGGCGCGGCAGAAUAUCUUCACCCCGAUGUAUCUAAUGAUCGGAAAGAAACCGAUGGCAUGAGCAAUAUCUAUGAUCCAAUGGUCUGGCGCUAUAAAAGCCAUCAAUGUGAUAAAACAAUGAGAUUUGUUCCUAACAUGCAUCCUAUGGAAUCGCUUUCAUCAACAUAUCCACCCGCCGUCUUUCCAGCCCGAAUAUACCCAUCCAUAAAGCGAGUGCCAAUUUCACCCGCAAGAUUGUCAUACAUCGUCUCUGGCAUCCGCCGACACAGCUUUCACGAGAUCUCUG